UAUAAUUAUUGUUAAUUCUUUGCUUCAAUGGAAAAACAAGAUGAAGACCCUUCAUCACUCGAAGACAAAAAAGAACUGGAUGAAGAAUCCAAAGAUCAGGUUGAUGAUCCUAAAGAAUGCCCUCCAGCCUCAUCUGAGAAGCCAGAUAGUGAAGAAUCCCCAAAAAUAAUAACGAGAGAAGACAAGAAGAAAAUGUCAGGGGCCAAGAAGAGAGGGUUCUAUAAGAGAUGACUCAAACGGAGCUCAGCCACUGAUGAUAUUGACUCGUUGACUGUAGUUAAGCAGGAGACUAAGAGUACUGAUGAUUAGGUUUUUAUCUUUAAAACCUUCUAAAUAUUAGUCCUACCCAAUCUCUAAGCCAGAAGCUUAGGGGAGCAGCAAUUGCUUUCCAGGAAACAUCAAGGUUCGGAGUAUUGGAAUAGAGCUUUUCAGCAGGAGGGGAUAUCCUUAGGAUACUUCUAUUCAUGUUUUUGAUAUAUAUGUAAGAAAUAUACUAAACUUGACUCUCUUGUAAACUUCAUCUGAAAUAAUA